CAAAGUGAAGCCACAUCGGCAACGAGGCCAAUCUCAUCUUCAUUUGAAGAUAUGGCCAAAGUAUUGCCCAUCAAGUUCAAGAGGAUAGCCGCUGCGUUCGACGAAGCGGCUCGGCUCUGUGAGAGCAGCGGGAGUGAGCAUUCGGCGCCGUCGGAGAGCUUUGCUGAUCUCUCUGAUCUCGUGACGUCGUUCAUGGAGAGAGAAGGAAGGGUUGAAGCCGGAGAGGAUAAUGAUGAUGAUGAUAAGUUGAGGAAGGAGGAGUGCGAGGGCAACGACUUCGACGAUUGCUGGUCCGAUUCCGAUGAGUCAUCGGUGAGGGAGACGUUGGAGGAGGUUUUCGCGAGGGAUUACAAUGGUGACGAAGUGAAGGCGAAGAUUGGAGCUGAAGUAGAUCUCGCUCACGAGUUCAUAGGGAGGGAUCGAGCGAAUAUGUCGUCGCAGGAUUUUAAGCGAUGCUUGAUGGCUCGUCUUCGCGACAGAGGCUUCGACGCCGGUCUAUGCAAAUCUAAAUGGGAGAAGACCGGCCGAAUACCAGCUGGAGAUUAUCAUUACGUCGACGUUAAUGUAAACAAUACUCGUUACAUUGCCGAGGUCUCCCUAGCAGAAGAAUUCGAAAUUGCUCGACCGACCGAUCGCAUCACUUCAUUGCUCAAAUCAUUUCCUCCCAUAUUCGUCGGCCAGCCCGAGGAGUUGAAGCAAGUGGUGAGGAUAAUGAGCACAGCAAUAAGGCGGUCCUUGAAGAAGAGGGACUUGCUUGUGCCUCCAUGGAGGAAGAAUGGCUACAUGCAGAACAAAUGGUUCGGCUCCUACAAGCGAACUACUAACAGGGUUUCAGAAGCCGGCAGCAUGGCCAAAUCUCAGGGCAGACAAAUUACGAAACACCUCAUCGGAUUCGAGGCCUCUAGAAUGAAGGAUUGUUUUUGCCGAGAAGAUUUUACAAGGAAGACUAGGUCGAGAAUGACCGGGAAUUUAACCGCGGUUUUCGGCGACCACAACACCAGUUUGCAUCUCUAGUUUGAGUCGCAGCAUAGGUUAAGGCUUGCUUGGUCAGAUGAUUGAAGUUUCUUUCCAUUUAUACCAUUUAUAUGUGAUUGUUUAUAGGGCGAGAUUGGUCGUCAACUCUUUACUUUUCAAGAUCUCCUCAGAACUCUCGAUCAGAAGUGGAACUUGAUCGUGCUGCCAGAGGAUGGACCUUUGUUGUUUCAAGAACUUCAAUUGGAAUCCUAAGCAAAAGGAGUCGAGACCCUAUGUCUAUAAUUGAAAUUUCGUUCCGACUAUGGGUCGACCCGCUUUAUUUCAAGACGCCAAUCUCGGACCCUUGAAACAUAGAGGGUUGACCUCUACACCAACGGGAUCGACUUCUAUUGCUAAGGGCUCCAUUUGGAGUUCUUGACUAAAAAAUGAAUCG